UAAGCAUGCUCAUGAAAAUUACUAGCAAAACGAUGAGAGAGUAACUUCCAAGUGCCAUGAGUUUCUAUUCUUGGAAAAGAUGCACCGAAUAGUAAAUAGUAACAUAAAUCAUCAACCACCAAUUAAAUAAAAAAAAGAGCUUUGCUGUUCACUCGAAAAAAAUGGGGGAAAAGGCAACUGCCACGGGCCCAAGAAGUGAGUGCUGCCCCGUCAUUGUCGCCGAGAAGCCAAGAAAAGGCAAACCCAAACCCAUUCGUUUCUCUCUCUUUCUCUUCCUUCGCUCCUAGCUCCUGCUCUUCCAAUUCCUCAUGCAAAUUUCUUUCAGUUCAAUUCAGUUCCUGGAAAGAAAGGCCGGAUUUUACUCUGAACGAAGACAACGAAGGGAAAGGUGUGGCAAUGGGUGGCGGCGGAACGCUGAUCUCCAUCUACCCCGAGGACCUCACUUUCCUAUUUGAGCUGGACAAACCGUGCUAUUGCAAUCUCAAGGUGGUGAACAACAGCGAGCAUCAUGUUGCAUUCAAGGUCAAAACAACAUCACCAAGGAAGUAUUUCGUCCGGCCGAACGCGAACAUCGUCCAGCCAUGGGAUUCUUGCACAAUAACAAUUACGCUCCAGGCGCAGAAAGAGUACCCACAAGAUAUGCAAUGCAAGGAUAAGUUCUUGAUUCAGAGCACUAGGGUAGCUGCCAGUACUGACAUGGACGAGAUUCCUCCUGAUACGUUCAACAAGGAAGUUGAUAAGGUGAUUGAGGAAAUAAAGCUUAAGGUUGUUUAUACAGUGCCUAGUGGAAGUUCCGACGACUCUGGUAUUACAUCUUUAGGAAGCAGGAGCUUCAAAUCGUUGUCUGACGAUUUCACGAUGCUGAAGAAUGCAAGCAUUGAAGAGAUACAGACAAUACAACGCUUGAAAGAUGAAAGAGAUAACAUGCUGCAGCAAAAUCAGCAAAUGCAACGUGAAUUGGAUGUGAUUAGGAGGCGUAGAAGCCGCAAAAGCGAUACGGGUUUCUCCUUAACGUUUGCUGCUUUUGUUGGGCUCAUAGGUCUCUUGGUUGGGCUUCUGAUGAGCCUAAUCUUCUCUUCCCCGCAGCCUGCUGCUUAAAUGCCAUGGUCGCAAUCAAGAGAUAUAGUGUUCAGCUUAAUGCUAAAAAAUGUGAUGCGCACAGGUCAAUAUCAGUCAAACAAGCUUAGCUAGGUUAAGAGUCGAGUGAGCUGCUCUGGGGAGAAAAAAAACAUAUGGAAAAUUCUACUUUAGUCUCCACAAUUAUUCUUUUGUUCUUUCCAUUGUAGUUAAUAUGCGUCAAAAUCAUAAAAGGGUCGCAAUGUUUCACCCCCACGUUCCUUAGUUUUUUAUCUGUUCCUCCUAUGUAAUCUCUCUGUAUAAUUAGUUUGGCAUAUAUAUCAGGAAGAAGCUGUAUGCUUUUACCGGUUGGAAAUCUAAAAGGACGUCAAGUUAGCGCUUUUA